UGUCAUGUCAGCGUAGGUAUGCAUACCAUUAGUCAUUUGCGACAGAUUGGAUCGAUAUUGGGGGUAUUUGGGGCAGCGCAAGCCUGUAUGUCUUAUAUUAUAGCCCCCCCAGAUCGUGGUAUAGCAUCCGCAAUCCCCAUCCGUACGCCGUCAUUUUAUUUUCCUAGCCCGCCAGAGGCCCGCUUAACUGGAUUCAGCGCGAUGCAUGACAUUCUGAUACCGAAAUGGCUUCGUCCAGAAUGCCGGUACGGCGCUAAACAUGUAUAAUACGCCCUACUAUAGCCCCGUCACGAG